CAGAAAACUUCAGGUUCAGCUACUCUGGAAUUUGAACGCUAGUUAAGGAGAUCGGAGCUGCUGUCUACAACGGAGGGCUGGCAGAAGCUAUUGGCAAGCUAAAAAGGAAAUACGAAGCUCAGAACGUCCGGAUCCUUGUGCAGUCGUCGGCGCCCUAGCCGGAGUCACCAAACAUGUCUACAUUUGGAAAAUAUUUUCGGGUCACCACCUAUGGCGAGUCCCACUGCCGCUCUGUUGGCUGUAUUGUCGACGGAUGCCCUCCUGGAAUGCAAUUGACGGAGGAUGACAUCCAACCUCAAAUGACUCGGCGCAGACCAGGCCAGUCUGCAUUGACUACUCCGAGAAACGAGAAAGACCGAGUUGAGAUUCAAUCAGGAACCGAGUUCGGUGUCACGUUAGGCACUCCUAUUGGCCUUGUAGUACGGAACGAAGAUCAAAGACCAAAGGACUAUGGUGGAAGUACCAUGGAUCUCUACCCUCGACCCAGCCACGCCGACUUCACCUACCUGGAAAAGUAUGGCGUCAAGGCAAGUAGUGGCGGAGGCAGAAGCAGCGCCAGAGAAACCAUUGGCAGAGUGGCAGCGGGUGCUAUUGCAGAAAAAUAUCUGUCGUUAGCACAUGGUGUCGAGAUUGUCGCCUUCGUGUCUUCUGUGGGAUCAGAGCAUCUUUUCCCGCCCACGCCUUCUCAUCCGACGCCUGCAACGAAUCCAGAUUUCCUUUCACUAAUAUCAAAGAUCACUAGACUAGAUGUCGACACUUUCGUUCCGGUACGAUGUCCUGAUGCAGGUGCUACACAACGCAUGACGAAGGUGAUCGAAAAGUAUCGGGACGCCAGUGACAGUAUUGGAGGGACAGUGACAUGCGUGAUUCGAAAUUGCCCCAUUGGACUCGGGGAACCGUGUUUCGACAAGCUCGAAGCCGAACUCGCCCAUGCCAUGCUGAGUAUACCAGCUACCAAAGGCUUCGAGAUUGGUUCCGGAUUCGGGGGUUGCGAAGUGCCAGGGUCGAUUCAUAACGACCCCUUCAUUGUGGAAGUACAAGAAUCAGGCGAUACAAAGAGCAGACUGACAACCAAAACAAACAAUUCGGGUGGCAUUCAAGGCGGCAUUUCGAAUGGACAGCCCAUCUAUUUCCGAGUUGCGUUCAAGCCUCCUGCUACGAUUGGCCAGGCACAACAGACAGUCAGGUUCGACGGUGAGGAAGGCGUCCUGGAAGCCAAAGGCCGGCACGAUCCUUGCGUUGUACCUCGAGCCGUGCCUAUCGUGGAAGCUAUGUCGGCUUUGGUGCUUAUGGACGCACUCAUUCCUCAGUUGGCCCGAGAGACCGCCAGGAGCUCGUUACCGCCUUUGAAGACGACAUUGCCGGCGAAGGAAACAGGCACAGCGGCAGACUCGAAGAAAGUUGGUCGACAUUUACAGGCCGCUGCGAGCAAUGGAACCAACUAAUUUAGUGUCGCUUGCGACUUCAAAAGGGAGAUGUAGCUGUUCUGCAUAAGCGCGGACGUCGGGAUCUCAAACUGGUGGUAUAAAUGUGUCUCGCUGUACGCCUGUGAAUAUUCUAUCAAGUAUGGCGCCGCGAGCCUUCUCCAUGCCAUCAAAGACAAAUUACUGCCGCAAAAUAGAAGGUCUUUGAAGGAGAUCGUAUCAAAUGCUUC